AAACUCAUGUUAAUUGGAGAGAAAGGAUGUGACGAAAAUUCACCUGGCAUUGGAGACAUUGCGUAUGUAAAAGAUCUAAAGACUGAAAAGAUUGUUACGAGGAACUUCCGUUGUUCUAAAUUUGGAAUCGCCUACCAUGUUGGAACCAAUUUCGGCUGGGUGUGUAUUAAUGACUUCAAAAUAGAAGUUGGUCCGUGGAAUAAGUAUUUUUUAAACUUUGCUUUACUUAAAACUGUAUCUGACAAAUUAAUUAGUCAACCAAAUUCGAUCUUGCAUGGUUGAAACUAUCUAAAGCAAAAAAUGUUAAGAAAAGUUCGAUGUUUGAAGCGAAAGCCUUUUUUCUGGAAAUUUACUGACUUCCACGUGAAGGACUUCACUCGAAAUGUUUAAGAAUCCUUAAUAAUUUAGAUUAUUGCACUUCACUUGGUGGAAUUAAUAUUAGAAUGUUAGGGUUUGUAAUCCAAGAGAAUAUAUACAUUUUAAGACCUAACGAGGAACGACUGCGAAAAAUGCAGCACAAGGUCCUCUGGUAGGAAUUGAACCUACGACCCUGCGAUUCCGGUGCAGCGCUCUAACCAACUGAGCUACAGAGGCCAGCUGUUGAGCUGUAACCGUAAGUUCAUGUAUAUAUAGGUAAUCGGGUGUGCGGGUUGUGAUAAGGUGGACUUCAACGAUUUGGAUUAUUGCACUUCACUUGGUGGAAUUAAUAUUAGAAUGUUAGGGUUAAUUCCACCAAGUGAAGUGCAAUAAUCCAAAUCAUUGAAGUCCAACUUAUCACAACCCGCACACUCGAUUACCUAUAUAUGCAUGAACUUACGAUUACAGCUCAACAGCUGGCCUCUGUAGCUCAGUUGGUUAGAGCGCUGCACCUGAAUCGCAGGGCCGUAGGUUCAAUACCUACCAGAGGACCUUGUGCUGCAUUUUCCGCAGUCGUUCCUCGUAAGGUCUUAAAAUGUAUAUAUUCUCACUUGGAAUACAAACCCUAACAUUCUAAUAUUAAGAAUCCUUAAGCUCUUCACAAGUAACUUCAUAGAUUAAUAAAGUUUAUUUAUCGAGUUCUUUUUAUUGACAGUUUAUACUAACUUCUUUCAUUAUAUGAACAAUAGCCUAUAACCAUACAUUGGAAAGGACGAAAGGUGUAUUGUCUUGCAGUCAUGCACGCGUGGAUAUACAUAUAGAACACGCUAAAAAUUCUGCGAUGUUAAUUGGGUAUGAACAGCAGAGAACACAACUGUCUGAAUUCGCCAGAAAAAAUGGCCUUUUAAAUUCGCAUUAAGUCAGUUAUACAGUAAGUGAAAGCAAUCAUUUAGUGGCAAAUUGAUGGUAUGUAUGUUUUUAAUUAAUUAAGCUUUAAACAUUAAAUUGCCACCCAAUAUUGCUUUCAUAAUAAGUAUUCGUCUUUCGUUCAGUUUGGAAAAUUGCAUGGAAGCAUCAAUUUGCAUUCUUUCUUCAGGAAAGCUUGAACUCCUGUUUACAAAAACCAUGUAGUCAAGGAUUUGCAUUUCUCAGGGAUCUUCCAAUCCAAAUUGACUAUUACGGAGCAUUCAG